AUGUCGCGCGGUUUACCGUCCCACGACUUUUUGGCCCGGCUAUUACUACGGCUGGCGUCACUAGCCAGUCUUGCCGUCGCUUGUGGCUUCAUUGUUUAUGGUGCGACACAGUUCAAGGACGAGUACUGGCUGUACCUUUUGAUUAUUGUCAUUGCUAUGAUCUUCGAUUUUAUACAGAUUUCGCUUCUUUUCCGCUGGAGGACUUGGCCACGCCCGUUUCGCGUCAACGUGGAAAUCGCUAUGUCCACCUUUGUCGGUCUCCUCUUGACUAUCGGCUUAGCUGGUCUUUCCAUGGUUCUCUUGAGGGCUCGUCUGGAUGAUAUCUACUGCCAUGGGAACAGUUACUGCCCUCUUUCCGCGGAUCGCAUUCGCAAGAUUGUCUUCUAUACCUUGACGAUUGCUGCGGCGAUUCAAUCGAUGUCGACUGCCAUAAAUGCUGUCAUGAUGUGCGUCGAAAGGCGGCCCUAUGUGGUUGAUGCAGACCAGAACUUUCAUAAUCAAGAGAGAUCACCACAAGUUCAGGGCCGACUUAUGCAGGUCUUCAUCCCAGCGGCUGCCUACCAUGGAGCACCUAGUGACGAGGACGCAUGUGAUUACGGAUAG